AUGAGUGUUCCUUCUAUUCGGUUUAAGUGCACUAUGAACAAUACGAUUCUUGAUGUCCUAAGAAACCGUGGGUGGAUUGAGGUUUGCAGAGAAGAAGAAUGUGAUUUCUUUUGGUGUGAUCCCAUGACAAUGAAAGAGUUAUUUGAUCACGGAUUAAUGGGCAAUAUAACGAAGAUUUGUCAUUUUCGAAAUCACUUUGAGCUUACCCGUAAAAAUUUAAUGGUGAAAAAUUUGAAACGUUUAAAACGUAAAUGGGAAAAAGAAUACAAUAAACAAGAAAGUCAAAUAUUGGAUUUUUUCCCAACCACAUUUGAACUUCCAAUGGAAUAUCAUAUGUUUAUUGAAGAAUUUCGUAAAUAUCCUGGUUCUAUAUGGAUUAUGAAACCGAUUGCUAAAUCCCAAGGCAAAGGAAUAUUUCUAUUUCGUAAAUUAAAAGAUAUUGAAGCAUGGAAACGUACUGGAAUGAAAUUUGAACAACAAACUGUUGGUGAUAUACAAAAUCGUGAACUACCUGAAACUUAUGUUGUUUCAAAAUAUAUCACUAAUCCAUAUUUAUUAUGUGGACGUAAAUUUGAUUUACGUGUUUAUGUUCUUGUUACAUCGUUCAAUCCAUUGAAGGUUUGGGUUUAUAGAGAUGGAUUUGCUCGUUUUUCCAAUACAAGAUUUUCAUUAGAUUCUAUUGAUGAUCAAUAUAUACAUUUGACAAAUAUUGCUGUACAAAAGACUGCACCUGAUUAUGAUGCUGAAAAAGGUUGUAAAUGGUCUAUAGGUUGUUUACGUCGACAUCUUUUAUCUAUAUAUGGCUAUAAAAAAGUUGCCGAGUUAUUUCAUCAAGUGGAUAUAAUAUUUAUUGGAAGUUUAUUAAGUGUUCAAAAGAUUAUUAUCAAUGAUAAACGUUGCUUUGAAUUAUAUGGUUAUGAUAUAUUACUUGAUGAUAAUUUACGACCAUGGUUAUUAGAAAUUAAUGCAUGUCCAUCAUUGACAGCUUCAUCUAAAGAAGAUUAUACAUUAAAAACUAAUCUUUUGAAUGAUAUGCUGGACGUUGUGGAUUUGGAGGGUCGUUUAACAAGUUUUGAGAAACGUGUUGGCGAUUUCGAUCUGAUCUGGGAUGAUGGUCCUAUUCACCCUACUUCUGAUACUACAGAAGAAAAUUCAUCGGAAUCAGUACAUGUGUUUGGACCUAAUGGACUACCUAGACUUAACUCAUUUCUUGGCUGUACUUCACGUCAAUCAGCUAGAUAUAAGUUGGAAUCGAAAUUAUUGAUGUGUGGUGUGGGAUUUUGCCGUCGUAUUCACCAAAAAUUAUGCAUAUGCUUAGCUAUAUACACUCUAUUUGAGUAUCGUAUUCCGUGUGCCCACUGUCAUGAUCGUGAUGCUACGUUAAAUCAACACUCAAGUGUGUUGUUUGCAUCACUUACAAAUGAUAGCAAGUAUAUGGACAAAGAAAUGCUCGCGAAUUUCCUGAGGUCCUUGCAUUUGUACGAAGAAUAUCCACAUGAGAACGAUUCCAAAGAAGACAAGUGUUUUACGGCAAGUGAAAUGUUCGAUUUAUUUUCUCCCAAUCACUCACAUCUAAACCAAACGGAUUUUCAUGCGUUGUUGCCGACUAUCGUUUAUGAGUUAAAAACUGGAGUUUGUAAGCACAGUCAUGUACACGAAGUAGUUCCUUCAACGCACGAGUUCAGUUGGAAAGCCUUUCUAGCUGCAAUCGGUGCUGUGCUUUUGGUGAGCUUUUCAGGACUUAUUGUUGUAUGUUUGGUACCUCUAAUGUCCCGAAGUUUUUACAAUGUUGUAACUCAAUUCCUUAUAGCGCUUGCAGUUGGGUCACUUGCUGGUGACGCUUUUCUUCACCUAAUACCUCAUGCUUUUUCUGGUGCCGGACAUAUCCAUCACAACCAUGAUCACGAAACUAAUAUUGUUCAUGAACAUAUUGACGAACAUCACCACGAAUCUAUAUCAUCAACACAACUCAGCUCGCACCGGAAAAUGAUUUUGGAGGCACUCAUAGCUCUACUAGGCAUUUAUAUAUUUUUCUUAACUGAGCGGCUUACCAUCAUCUGCCAAAAUAAAAUGUCUAGACGGAAGUUGAAGCGUCAACAUAGUACUGCAUUGAACGAAAGCCAGAUGUGUAAUUGCUCUCCUGAACGACCCAUGGAUAAUAGUCGUUGCGUAGAUUAUCUUAAUGAAAAGCAAAUAAGUGGUUCAGAUGGUGCUAAUCAACCGCACUGGUCGUUCAACAACAACAUUGUGCCGCCAACAGAUACCAUUGAAGCGGUAGCAAAUAUUGAUCAACAACAUUUUAACGGUGGUGGUGUUGUUGUUGAAGGUCACUAUGCAAAACUAUCCGAUUUGAGGAAGUCAUCAGUGCACAAUAAUAAUAAGAAUAUUAAUAAUGUUAAUAAGCAAACAUCUGUAAUAAAUAAUGGGGGAUCCGUAGUUGAUAUGCUUGAUGUAAAACAAAAUAAUACUACAUUAGAGCUUGCUAACCCUGCUAAUAAUACUCCUUCACAAACUGGUAAACCUAAUGCAAUUUUAAGAACGAAUUCGUCGUUCGAUUAUUUUGGUGGUGGGGAACAAAUUCAAACACAUCCACAUCGUGAUAAACCACAUGGGCAUCAUCAUGGUCAUAGUCAUGAUUUAAGUUCUGUUCGUGCAAUUGCUUAUACUAUAAUUGCUGGUGAUGGAUUACAUAACUUUUGUGAUGGUAUAGCUAUUGGUGCUGCAUUCGCGAAUGAUAUGCGUGGUGGUCUGUCAACUUCAAUAGCUGUAUUAUGUCAUGAACUCCCACAUGAACUAGGUGAUUUUGCUGUUUUACUUCAUGCUGGAAUGUCUGUAAAAUCAGCUUUAUUUUAUAAUUUAUUAUCCAGUAUAUUAUGUGCUGCUGGUAUGAUUAUUGGUUUUUUACUUGGUGGAAUGCAUUCAUUAGAUACAUGGAUAUUUAUGUUAGCUGCUGGAAUGUUUAUUUAUAUUGCAUUAGUUGAUAUGAUGCCAGAAUUAUCGGCUAAUCAACUUAAAGGUAAUCGACGUUGUCAUCAACCGAGUGUUUUAUUUCUAUGGCAAAAUUUUGGUAUCCUUUUAGGUUUCUGUAUAAUGCUAUUAAUAGCAUUUUAUGAAUUUGAAUUUAUAUCACACUAA